AUGGAUGAGGUUGAGCGAGGCUUCAAAGAGAAGUACGAGGAUCUGAUGAAGACACUGAUGGAAUGCCGGAGGCAGUACCUCUCAGAGGUCGCCGAGCUUCGGGACCGCAUACGCAACGCCACACUGAGCCCCUCCAUGCAGGCUGCGCUGGCGGAAGUCUCGGACGAAGGCGAUGGCGGUGAUCACGGUAUCUACCGAUUUCAGCCUGAGAUAGCCCUCGACGAGAAGACCCGAGAGUACUUCAAGGCAGCAAUGCAAGAGAACAUGAAGAUCGCUCUGACGAAGGGCGCCGCGGCCGCUGGUGAGACGAUACAGCUACUCAUGGCCCAGCUGAACGAUGCCCAAAGCGAGCUGGAGAAGCUCAGAGAGCAGCUUGAAGCUGCUCUGCUGCAGGCGCAGCUCAGUGAGGGCAUGGAAAAGCGACCGCCGCCGCCGAGGAAGGUGUCUGUGGUGGACACGUCCUCCCAGGAGCAAGCAAAGAAACUCCAGGCAGAGUUAGACGCCCUGCGCUCCGAGUUCGAAGCCGCGAAGCAGGACUCCGAGAGGCAUCGUGGCAUCCUCCAGGUGUUCGGCCUCGAUGCCAAUGCUUCCCUUGACGAUGCCAGGAAGCUCUGGGACUCCCUGAACACACCGGUGGACGACUGGUCUGAGGAGGUGCAGAAGCUACGCGAGAAGAACAAGACCCUGCGGCAACAGUCGAAGACGCUGGAGGAGGAGCUAGCAGAGUUGAAGAAGAAGAACCACGAGGAACUCUGCCGGAAGCUCCAAGGCCAAGUCACCGACCUGCAAGCAGAGGUCGAGAAACUCAAGCAGCAGCUGGCCACCAAGAACAUCCCAUCGAAGGGCGAUGAGAAAGAGGACAUGGAAGCGCUGAAGAGGCAGCUGGCAUUGUUGAAGAAGCAGGUCGAAUCCCAGGGCAAGGGCGACGCCAUGAAGGACCUGAUGAAGCAGAACGAAGCGCUGGAGUCGGAGCUCGCGAAGCUGAAGCAGCAGCUGUCGGAGAAGGUGGCGGAGGUCCAGGAGACAACCAAGGCAGCGGAGACGGCGAGGAGGCAGUCUACGGACCUCAUGAGCCAGAUGGAGCUCAUGCGAAAGGAGCUCGAGCGAGCCAAGAAGGACCUGGCCGAGGAGCGCCGUCGCAGCGCGCAACUACAGGCGGAAUUGGAUCCUGAGGGCGAAGGGCGAUCUUCCGGGGACAGCCCGGAGCUAUCGCAGGCGAACAUGCGAGUAAGGAAGCUGGAGCAGACGCUCAAGAGCGUUCGUGAGGAGAACGAGCAGCUCAAGAAGGAGAACGGCGUCCUGAAGGAGCAGCUGGAGGAGGCCAAGAUCAUGCGCAAAGCCCUGGAGCAGGCCAUGGAGGAGCUGAAGAGGAAGUUCGAGGAUUUCAAGAGGCGGUUGCAGGAGAAGGGCGUGGAUGUCAGCAUUCUUGACGAAGCCCUGGCAGAAGCGGGCAUGCCGCUCCACCCCAUGAGUGUCUUCGACCGACUCUACAAGGAUGCCAUUCGCAGGCAGCAUCGCUCGCAGGAGAAGUGGGUGGUCGACAUGCGCAACGCGCAGCAAGAGACCUGGGAGCGCAUCCUCGGAAUCUACGACGGCCCGCCCCUGACCAAGGAGCAGGUGAAUGCCUUGGUGGAGAACGGGCUCAUUGACAUCAGGAUGUUCGGCAUGGAGCGCAAGGAGGCCAAGGAGACCAAGGAGUCCAGCGAGCCGGCCCCGCCGGCCCGCAUGAUCUGUCCCCGCUGCGGCUCCAUGAUGAGGGCCACAACGCCGGACAGCGCCCCCGCCGCGCCUCCGCGACCACACACGCACGGCGCGAGCCUGACGGAGCGCUCGAAGCCCAAGCUCGAGCGUGUCCGCACCUGGGCCGGCAGCGUGACAUCGCUGCGCGCUGCAGGAGCGGUGGCUGUUCCCCAAGGUGCUUUGACCUACACAAAUGCCGAGGCCUUUGCUCGGAAGGAGCUUUACUUGGACAUUGUGGGCUUCCAUCCGGUGUCACCAGUUCACGAGAGGAGGACCUUCGCCAUUGUGAGCGAGGCGGACCAGUAUCGGAAGCACUGCCGGCUACAACGCUUCGGAGAGCCACAUCCGCUGGACUUGCCCUUGCCGUCCCCGACCUCAUCGCUUAGCCCAAAGGCGAAGGAAAGCUUCCCAGUGUCCACGUCCAAGUCGGAGCCUGGGUCCUCUCUGGAGGCUCCACCAGUGUCGCUCGCAUCGCCCGCAUCGCCUGCGUCGCCGAGCAGCCAGGCGCCUCUAGAGUGCUUCAGCUUGGCGCCAACGGCUUCGGCAGAUCUUGAGCCGCCGCCAACGAUGACAAUAGACUCUGCCAGCGCCAUGACGCUCGACCUGCGGGAAACGCAGGUCAAGUCGCCGCCGCCGAUGCUCUCGGAGCCCAUCGCGCCGCCGCUGCAGCAGCGCCGCAUCUCGGCCCGCGACGCGAAGAUUGUGGACGGAGGUUCGAAGCCUUUGCUCACGGCGGUCCUGCGACUGACAGGGGCUUUGUUCGAGGAGGAGCGGCGGUGGAAGGCGGUGAGCCUCUGCUUGGCGCUCUUUUGCUUGCUGCUUGGAGAAGCGGCCACCGCCCGGCGCUAUGCAGAGGUGCACGGAAACCUCAUGACGGCCCUGCAGAAGCGGAAGACCACGGCCUUCCGCUUCGGCCUUUGGAAAGUCGGCAAGGUCCUCCUGACCAUCAGCCCAAUCGUGGCGCUGCGAGAGUACGCUGCAGGUCUGCUGGAGCUCACAUGGCGCGAGUCGCUCACGAGGCGCCUAGUUGGCCGAUACCUCUCAGAUGGCACAGCCUCUAAACGUCAGUCCUUCUACAGCCUCACACUGACUGGUGAGAUUGACAAUCCGGAUCAGCGGAUAUGCCAAGAUGUGGGAAGCUUUGUGCACACCGCCGUGUCCUUGUCACAAGACUUGGUAAGGACAUUCCUGAGCGUCCUGGCCUUUGCACCCACUCUGUAUGCCAUAUCUCCAACUGCAUGCUUCGGGGGCAUGGCAUAUGCAAUCCUGGGGACCCUCAUAGCCACACAGGGCUUCGGUGCUUGGCUAGGGCAGUACCAGAUGAGAUGCGUGCAACAGGAAGCUGGUCUUCGAUACAAGCUGAUCCGAGUGCGGGAGAACGCGGAAUCUAUUGCAUUCUUUGAGGGUGGAGAGGCCGAACUUUCAAAGUUUAACGCGGCAUUCACCACCUUGCUUGACACAGCGUACCAGCGUGUUCUGGUCGCCGUUGGCUACGGCAUGUUGAAUCGCAACUUUCAGUGGGCUACCUUUGUGGUAACGCCUGUGCUGGUCGGACCCGCGUAUUUGAAGGGAAAGGUCGAGUUCGGUGUCAUUGCGCAGACGAGCAUGGCCUUCAACACCAUUCUCAAUGCUAUGACGCUGGUUAUGCAUCGACUGGAGGCGCUCAGCGACGUGUCCGUGUGUGUCCAACGGUUGCAUGACUUGGAUUUGGCCCUUCAGCACUGCAUGGCCGAGCGUGCUGCAUGCAAGCGGCCGGGAGUGCGAGGGCAGGAGUGCAUCAACUCGACCGAGGCCGAUGCGGAUUCCGUGCGAGUGUGCUUCCGAAGUGUGACGCUGAAGACGCCGCUGCGGGCAGAUGUGACGCCACGGGUCCUUUUUGGCCGUUUGAGCUUUGAGCUAUUGGAUGGGCAGUCGCUCCUGGUGACGGGCGAGAGUGGCAUUGGCAAGAGCUCUCUGCUCCGCGCCGCGGCUGGGCUCUGGACGAAUGGCUCAGGAACCAUACAGCUUUGCGACAGGCGGCACGUCUUCUUCAUGCCGCAGAAGCCCUACAUGUUCUUGGGCUCCUUGCGCAGCCAACUCCUGUAUCCGCGCAUCGACGAUCGCGUAGUCAGCGACAGCGAACUCGAGGAGGUUUUGCGGCGCGUUCGCCUCGGUGAUUUGCUCGAUCGGCACGACCUUGGCGACACCAGAGAUUGGACCAGUAUCUUGUCCUUGGGACAGCAGCAGCGCAUCAACUUCGCUCGUCUGUUGCUUAGGCCGCAGUCCCAGCUGGCUCUCAUGGACGAAUGCACUUCGGCCUGCGAUGUGCAGAGCGAGUCCCACCUCUACGAGCACCUGCAGAAGCAACUUCGGAGCUACGUGUCUGUGGGUCACCGGCCAGCACUGCGGAAGUUCCACAGCCACGUGCUGUGGCUCCGUCGUGGGGAGGGCCAUCUAAAGCAGCCCCGCACAGAGGGCAUCUUCCUGCCGAUGUCAGAGUUCGAGCGCAGCGCUCCCUGA